UAAACGUGGUUCCAACAUCAGAAAGGGGGAAAUUUUGUUGCAUGCGCUUGAAAAAGUUAAAUCACCGCUUCCAGGCAAUUGAUUUGUCUCCCACCUCUGCAGCAGCGAUGAAGCCCCGGAAACUCUUAAUCGCUGUGAAAAGUUUUGUGGGACCCAGCAAGGCAGGGCGGGAUGUCAAGGUGGCCAGAGGCAGUCUGCUGUGCCAAGAGGAUGGUCGUGGGGCAUCACCAGAUGGAACUUUCUGGGUCAGGGUCAUGGAUACCGAGAAAGUGGUUCUGGUGCCUCCACGGGCAGCCGUGGAACUGACGGGCGCCUGUUCUGGACUCCUGGAAGCUGUGACCAACGGAGAUGAGCGCCUUGCACUGUUCAAGAAGGAGCAGUUGAUGGAGCGGCUUAGCGCCCUCCGGGAGGGAGACCAAGUCAGGGUCCAGAUCACUUCCGCCUCCGGGAAGAGAGUUCGAGGCAUCAUUCGAUACCGUGGGCCCAUAGACAAGAGCAAGCACAAUACCAGCAUCAUCUUUGGUGUUGAGCUUGUGGGCUCAGCUGCCGGGAAGGGUUUCACCGACGGCACUUUCAAAGGCCACAAGUUCUUCACCUGCCGGGAGAACUGCGGAGUCUUUGUACCCGUCAACCGGAUUGAGCCGGAUGACUUGCCCGAAGGCAGCCCACCAGCGCCCCCAAGAGGCAGCGCCCGGGAAUGCACGCGGAUCCAGCUGACGUCGGGAGAUCCCUUGUCGACUCCGGAACUGGAAAUUGGGGACCGUGUUUUCUUCAAGAUGGAUGACAGCACCCCCACUGGCACAGUGGUGUACUGCGACUACCUCCCCAAGAAACAGGAGACGGGGGUGUUCGUGGGGAUACACUUGGAUAAACCAGUCGGGUCCUGGGAUGGCCUCUUCAGAAACCACGUCCUGUGCCAUAUCCCGUCUCCAGAGUAUGGGAUGCUCCUGCCCAUCUCUAAGGUGCACAAAGAACAAGCUGACAGAAGACCUGAGACUUUGCCCAGCAAUUCCUCUUCACCCACCUCAGAUGAAUUUGAAGAUUGCCCGUCCCCCUCAUCCAUCAAGUAUCCCCCCAAACUGGAGGAGUGCUCGCCCAAGGAGCACCUAAGCUUGGCUCCUUCCAGAGAACUGGGGGACCACAAGACGAAAGACUUGGGAGUUUUGAAGAGGAAGAAAAAUGGGGAGGAGGAGGAGGAAGAAGAAGAUGAGGAAGACAAAGAGGAAGAGGAGGAGAAACAGUAUAGCCACCACCUCUUGGAGAUCAAUUCUGUGGUGGAGGUGAACGAUCCGCCGAUCUACGGGGUGAUCCGAUGGAUCGGGGAGCCCCCUGAUGAGGAUGAAGCUAUUGCUGGGCUGGAGCUGGAGGAGCCGCUGCCUUCGGGAUGCACGGACGGCCAGUACAGAGGGACCCGCUACUUCCACUGCCAACCCAACAAAGCACUCUUCGUCAAGCUGCGCCACUGUCGUCCCGACUCGCGCUUCGGCUCUCUGCAGAAUCUAGAGAACCCCGUUUUGCGUUGCAACCCCUUGGACUUCCGUGGGUACGCCAGCAGCAGAGUGGAAGAGGACACACCGCCACCACCGCUGGGUGACCAGGGCAUGGAGCAUCUCUCGGGAUGGAAGAAGGGGAUCCAAGGUCACUGCAACUCCUGCUACCUGGAUGCCACUCUCUUCUGUAUGUUCACUUUUACCUCAGUUCUGGAUUCAAUGCUGCUGCGCCCAGCAGACAAGAACGAUGGUCCAAUUUACACUGAAACACGGGAUCUGCUGAGAACAGAGAUUGUCAACCCUUUGCGCAAGAAUGGAUAUGUCUGCGCCACCAAAAUUAUGGCCUUGCGGAAAGUUCUGGAGACGGCUGGACAUUCCUCUGGCUUCACCCAUGAAGAAAAAGACCCAGAGGAAUUUCUCACGCUGCUCUUCCGAGUAUUGAAAAUGGAGCCACUCUUCCAGAUUCGCUCUUCUGGUCAGGACCCCCACGGCUGCAUUUUCUACCAGAUAUUUCUUGAGGAUCACCCGACCCGGGCAGUGCCCACAGUUCAGGAGCUUCUGGAGGGGUCCCUAGUCACUGGGGACCUCAAGUUCACAGAGGCCCCCUCUUGCCUCAUCCUGCAGAUGCCGCGGAAUGGGAAGAACUUCAAGGCCUUUCGCACCAUACAGCCCAGCCUGGAACUUGACCUCACUGACCUUCUGGAAAACAGCCCUCGGGAGUGCUGUAUUUGCCAAGGGCUGGCUGUGACUGAGUGUCCGGAUUGCUACAGGGACCACAGCUUCGGCACUCGCCACAUCAAGCAGUUCUGCAAGAUUUGCAGCCAGCAGGUCCACAAACACCGUGCCCGGCGCAGCCACCAACCUCGCCCCCUGCAUCUCCCCGAGGAGCUUUCCCGCUUGGGCUCCUUGCCUGACUUCAUCCCUCGCCAGACCAUGCAGCUCUUUGGCGUCCUCUGCAUCGAGACCAGCCACUAUGUAGCGUUUACCCGCUUCCACUCCGGCCACUGUGACACCCGCCAUGGCCCAGAUGUCCACCAGUGGCUCUUCUUUGACAGUAUGGCUGACCGUGAGGGUGGGCUGAAUGGCUUUAACAUUCCCCAAGUCACGCCCUGCUCGGAAGUAGCGGACUAUUUGGCAAUGCCCCCUGAGGCACUCCAAAGCCUGGAUCCCAAAUCCUUGCCCACAUAUGCCCGCCGGCUGCUUUGUGAUGCCUACAUGUGCUUCUACCACAGCCCUUCCCUUGGCCUGUACAAAUAAUACAUUCCUGGGUGAAGAAGAAUGUCAGGUUUCCAGGAGAUGAAAAUACAGAAUUCUAGGACUCCCAUGCCUGGACAGGUUAUGCUGUAGAUGUGCCUGGGAACCUGAGUUUCAAACCAAAGUUGCCUAGAUUCCCAGCCCGACAAACAGUGUGGAAAUGUGGGCUACAGCUGCACAGAGCCCACUUCCUGCUUCAGGAACAUUCUCUGUCCUGAUUGGCUUGCAGUAAUCCCUACCUGGAUUGGAUGCAUUGCAACACUGGUUUUUAGAGACUGGCCUAUGCAAACUUAUUAAUUUAGGUUGUUGUUGGUGGUGUUUUCUCUUUCUUUUCAACCCAAGGGUCACAUUUCCUCAUGGGCAAAUUUUCUGGGGCCACAUGUCUGUGGUUAGGCAAAAGUAGUUGGAACACUUUUCUCGUUCGAAUAUUUUUUUUGCCAUGCCUUGGAGGUUGCUACACAUGCACGCACACUACUCAUGUGAGAGGCAGCCUCAAAAGUUCAGAAGUGCAUUCCAGACAGUAAGAAGCACAUGAGGGAGUGAAACUGGGCCAAUGAGGGCUGUGGCCUGGGAGAUGUAGUGCAGCCUUAGAAAAAGACAUGGCCUGGUGGGGGCAUCUUGAGGGCUAUAUAGCCCAGAGGACCACAUUCAGCCAUUGGGCCUGAGUCCUGUCCCUUCUGAUUUAGACAAGACUUCACGGGAGUCUUUCCCCUCACUCCAGAGUAUUGUGAGUUGGUGUUUGCUGCUCCACAUGGAUAGAAAAACUGCUUGUCGUCCCUUCAGACCAGGAACAGGGCACCUGUGGUCCAUCGAGAUGUUGUCAUUCCCUUCAUCCCCAGUCAUGGAAUUGCUGGAGCUAAUGGGAGUUUGAGACCAGCAACAUCUGGAGGUGUUACAGGUUCCUCACAGUUGCUUGAAACAUUCCACUGACAGAGGCACUUUGUGUACAAGUGACCUCUGUUUUUGUUACCUGCGGCCACCUCCAUGCUCUCCUCCUCCCUGCCCACUUUGAAUAGUAUGCAUUCAUUGAUCCUGAACUACUGUAUUGUGAAGGACACCCUCGUGCCACACUGCUGUCCUAGUUGGUGGACGUUGACCAAGUCUUCUCAUUAUCUGAAGUUUAGGUGAGAAGUGACUGGAGGGCGUCUAAAUAUGGCUCCUCAUAUUUAGAAUUCCCUCUCCAAAGAAGAUUGCCUGGUACCACUUUUGUCCUCCCAGCACCAGGCUAAGGCAGAAUUGUGCAGGUAUUCCAGCAUUUUGUGUAGCUGGUUUCUGUGCAUUUUUUAUUAUUGUUGUUUUCAGGUAAAGGCUACAACAGCCAACAUUUUUGUAUUGCACAUUUGAAUUUCAAUGUAUUUGUGUGCAUUGCUUUCAAGGCAUGCUAGCCUGGGAGCUUUUGCUGAAAGGGUGGUUUAUAAGCUUUAAAAUAAACACAUAGCCGGCUCUG